ACAUCUGCUCCUACGUAUGUAUGUACGUAUGUAUGUACGUGCAGAUAUAAUCCUAAGCUCUCUGGCAUGCCUCACUAAUUACUUACAUGUGGUGUUUUUCUCCUGAGUAUUGCUCAUUCUGUGUUUUUCUGCAUGUCUAGGCGAACGUCAAAUCUUCUUAUCCCCUUUACUGGAGGUGUUGGAUUUAGAUCUGAACACUUGCUAUCAGCUCGCACAUCUCACUGCCGACAUAACCAUGCUGAUCAAAGUUCUCCGCACCCCAUCUGAUGACUCAGGGUUCCAGGGUUUUGCCCAGCUAAUGUGUGUGUGGACACUUCCACUCAGACUGACCCUCUGUCUGCUGUUCCACCCAUCCAUUCCUCCAACUAUCAGACUGAUGAUGACAUGGCCUUUUCCACUUUUAAAAAGAGGCUUAAAACAUAUCUCUUCUCCCAGCCUACACACACUCACAACAUGCAUAGCACUCCUUGCACAACUUCCAGCUGCAAGGUGGAGUGGCAAAAACACAUGGCUGGCAGCAAAUGACUGGAGCGGCUUCUCCUCACCAUCUGGCAGAAGAGCAACAGUUAUAAAAGGACACAGCAGACAUGGUAGGGUGAGUUCAUUCUCUGCGUGUAUGUCAAGUAAGUCUCUCUCUCUCUCUCUCUAUCCUGUAAUAAAUGCAGAUGACAUUGAUGACGAGGAUUACAGAGGAGAAACUUCCCAGCUGUGCUGCGCCUCCGCCAAGCCUCCUAGGUCCUGCAUCAGGGUUGCUCCAGCCAGUUUGAUGUGCCCCACAUUGGGAAGAAAGCAACCUCCACCUGGACAUUCAGCACGGCCUUACCUCCUCUCCUGCACCUGACUUUAAAUAAAAAAAAAACCCACAUUUUUCACAACCUCUGCCUCCUGAAUGUCUGUGUUCUGCCUGUCCCGGCCCUAAGCAGCCACACUGAUGGAGAAUGCGAGAAAAAGAACACAGAUCCAACCCCUCCCAGACAUCAUGGACCCUCUGCUACAACAUCUGCUGGAGACAAAUUUCCAGCAGCAGGUGGUGACUCAGGAGCUGGCCCAAAGCCUGCAUGCUGUGAUCCAAGAACAACUGGCACUCAAGAAAAAGCCCUGCUCUGCUUCCUCAAUCCCACUCCCAGACCCCUGCCGGGAGGCUGCAUCCAACCUAACAAAGCUCAUCAGCGAGUACAACAUUGAGGCCUUCCUCCUAACUUUUGAGCGGGUCACCCGAUGCAAACAGUGAGAAGAAGAGUGUUGGGCUGACAUCUAUCGGGGGAAGCUAUCAAGGCAAGCCCAGCACACCUACUAUGCCCUCAAACCCGACCAAGCCACCUUCUAUCCAGCACUUGAGUGCACCCUAGCCAUGCUGAGCAUCGGCAGUGGUGAGCAGAGGGACAAUCGCCCAAUGUAAGCUGGGCUCCAGCCACCAGGGGGCUUGACCGCUGCGGAGCCCCGGCGGUCACAGCCCAACAUACAUUGGGAGAGGAGACCGCAGGAAAGCCGCCGCACCUGUGGGACACCCUGGAACAAAGCCAUGCCCACUGAGCUGUAUCUGGCCUCCCUGCAGUGCAUUGUCAAGCCCUGGCUGGCUGUGCCCUCCAUGCUGCUCCUCGUCACUCUGAUUCCUGAGCUUCCAGUACCACUACUGCUCGGGUGGGACUGGCCAGGGUUCCCCAACCCGCCAGCCUUGAGAAGCCAGAAGAAGAGGUGCACCACUAGAGACCAGGUCUGACCGGCCUGCAUGGCCCAGGAAGAUAUGCCACUGGAAAUUCCUCCUCAGGUGAGACACGCAUACCAUCUAUCCCAGUCUCCUCUGUGUUUCACCAGGUCACUUGGGAGGGGAAACUUGGGUGCAAAUAGAAGGAGGAUGCCCUGCUGGGGCACUGCUGGGUCCAAGUGAGUCUGAUCAAUGGUGUCGACCAGCAACCAGAGCAGUUGCGGGACCAGCAACUUUGGCCCAUGGAUGAAUGCCAGCAAAUAACACCCCCAAAACCACUGUCUGCACCCCUCAUUCCUCUCCCCUUAAUUGGCAUCCCCUUCGAGAGGGUGGGCAUGGAUUUGGUAGGGCCACUUCCAAAGUAUGCCCAGGGUCACGAAUACAUCCUGGUGAUCCUUGAUUAUGCCACCAAGUACCCUGAGGCAGUCCUACUACGUAAAGCCACCUCCUGGAGAGGUGGUGCUCCUGUUCAGCUGUGUGGUGAUCCCCAAAGAUAUCCUAACAGACCAAGGUAUGCCUUUGGACUCAUAACUAAUGGGUGAUCAGUGUCAGCUGUUGCAGGUGAAACACCUGUGGAUCUCUGUCUACCACCCCCAGACUGAUGGCCUGGUGGAGCGUUUUAACCAGAUGCUCAAAUGGAUGUUCCAACAAGUGAUAGAAGAGGAUAGCCCAAACUGGGACCUCCUCCUCUCCUGCAUACCUUUUGCCAUCCACAAGCAUCCACGGAGUUCACACCCUUUGAACUUCUCUUUGGGUGGCGACCUCGAGGACUGCUGGAUGUGCCAUGAGAAGCCUGGGAAGAACAGCCCUCUCUGUUCCGGUCCCUGGUCAACUAUGUGCAAGAAAUGCAUCAGGUGUGACCAGGUCACCCCUAUCAUACAAGAAAUACAUGGAGGCAGCACAACAAGAGCAGCAGUGGGCCUAUAACCGCCCAGCCCAGCCCCGAGAAUUCCAACCCGGCGACCAGGUGCUCCUGUUGCUCCCAAAUGCCUCCUGUAAGUUUCUGGCCCAAUGGCAGGGCCCCUAUACAGUCCUCAAAAGUGUGGGCCCAGUGAACUACUGCUUGAAACAGCCUGGUACGCAUGCAGACUCAAAAUUAUAAUAUAUAUUAUAUAUAGCAGGUUUAUAAUAUGUAUAAACCUGCUGAAAAGAUGGGUCCAACCUGUCCCAGCGCUUUCCGCUCAGAGCCGGACGAGCAUACCUUGGUCCAUCGAGGGAAAGAUCUUACCCCAACACACUGGCAAGACCUGACACAGCAAGUGCACCAGUUUGCAGACAUCUUCUCGUUCACCCCAAGCCUGACCCACCUGGUCCAACAUGAAAUCAAAAUGCCGCUGGGGUGGUGGUGAGACAGCAGCACUACCAUGUUGCAGAGGCUCACCAUCAAGCUAUUGAGGAGAAAGUCAGCCAAAUGCUAUGGGAUGGAAUUAUUGAAUUACUGAAGAAGGACGAGCGCAUUGGAGCGGUUGUGCUGCACGCGGGGACGAACGACACCAGGCUGCAGCAGACGGAGGUACUGAAGAGGGACUUCUCCAGCCUGAUCGAGACGGUACGAGGCAGAUCACCCACCGCGAAGAUCAUUGUCUCUGGACCUCUUCCCACAUACAGACGUGGAGCAGAAAAGUUCCGUAGACUUCUAGCAUUAAAUGAUUGGGUAGUCUCUUGCUGUAAUGAGCAGAAUCUGGUGUUUGUCAAUAACUGGAAUCUGUUCUGGGAGCGUCCUAGGUUGUUUCGUCCUGAUGGCCUGCACCCCAGCAGCCUUGGAGCGGAACUGCUUUCAGACAACAUUUCCAAGGCGCUACACUCCAAGUGACUGCCUACCGUAAGUACAUCUUCCAAUAAUAACAACAUUCAGUAUAAUCAAUGUUCAAUUAAAAAUCCGGCAAAGGUAAUACAUACUAUAGAGACUGUGUCUGUUCCCCGAGCUAUACAAAUAUAUAGAAAAUCUCGGAAAGUCUAUCUUCAUAACCUAAUUAACAUAAAAUUAAAUCAUAUUGAAUGCACAGCCAGCACUUUUGAUCUGAGGCUAGGACUAUUAAACAUUAGAUCUCUUGCGUCUAAGGCUCUUAUUGUUAACGACAUCAUUACUGAUCAGGAAUGUAAUUUAAUGUGUUUAACAGAAACUUGGAUUAAACCAAACGAGUACAUAGCAUUAAAUGAAGCCAGUCCUCCUGGAUACAGUUAUGUACAUCAGCCUCGUUCAACUGGUAGAGGAGGAGGUGUUGGACUCAUCCAUAGUAAAAAUGUAGUCGUCACACAAAAACCUAAGCAUAAAUUUAAUUCUUUUGAAAUUCUUUAUACCAGUAUACGUUAUGUAGCCACAAAAAAUAAGUCAAUUCCUCUAAUUAUUAUUUACAGACCCCCAGGGCCAUAUACUGAAUUUCUUAGUGAAUUUGCAGACUUUGUCUCAAACCUGGUUGUGUCUGUAGAUAAAGCAUUAAUCAUCGGAGACUUUAAUAUUCAUUUUGAUAACCUGGAAGACCCUCUAAAAUUAGGGGUUGUGUCCAUCUUAGAUUCAGUAGGGAUUAAUCAGAACGUAAUCGGGCCUACUCAUAAUGGUGGUCACACUCUUGACCUCAUACUAACAUACGGACUAAGUAUAGAAAAUAUUAUCAUUUUUCCGCAGUCUGAAGUUGUUUCAGACCAUUAUCUUAUCUCGUUCAUAAUACGUAUUGAUCAUAAUAUUUCCACCUCGCCUCGCUACCGCAUAAAACGUACCUACACAUCAGCUACUGCACCGAGCUUCAUAAAUAAUCUCGCAGAAACAUCAAUUAGAUUUGGAUCACCGUCAGAUCACACAGAACUCGAUCAGGCGACUGAAAGCUUGGAGUCAACACUCCGCUACACGCUAUAUAGAGUGGCUCCACUCAAAAGGAAACUAAUUAGAGAAAAAAAAUUAGCACCCUGGUAUAACGAUCAAACGCGAACCUUAAAACAGACAACUCGACAAUUAGAACGUAAAUGGCGUCAAACCAAACUGGUGAUAUUUCAAACAGCAUGGAAGGAGAGCCUACUGAAAUAUAGGAAAUCUCUUGGCGAUGCUAGAAAAAUCUAUUUCUCCACUUUAAUAGGAGACAACAAAAACAAUUCUAGAUUCCUUUUCAACACAGUAGCAAAAUUAACUAGGAAUAAAACCACUACAGAAAGAAACACUCAAUCAUUACAUAGCAGUGAAGAUUUCAUGAAAUUUUUCAUUGAUAAGGUUGAAAAUAUUAGACGUGAAAUACAGGCCAUUAAAUUAAAACUGGACAGUACUGUAACAAACCCAUUACAUGACAAUGUAGCAAUAUCAGAUCAAUGUUUAGAGUGUUUUGCUCCGCUUAGAGAGACCGAACUAGCUACAUUAAUCUCUUCAGCCAAUUCAUCAACUUGCGUACUAGAUCCCGUACCUACAUGUUUGUUUAAACAGAUUUGUCCAGGAGUAAUUGAACCACUUCUAAAUAUAAUCAAUUCUUCCCUAAGCACUGGCUAUGUACCUAAAUCACUUAAAUUAGCAGUUAUUAAACCCUUGAUUAAAAAACCUGAUCUUGACCCGUCUCAAUUGUCCAACUAUAGACCAAUAUCAAAUCUCCCCUUCAUCUCUAAGAUUUUAGAAAAGGUUGUAGCAAAGCAGUUAUGCUCGUACUUAGACAGGAAUAACAUUCAUGAAAUGUAUCAGUCAGGAUUUAGACCUCAUCAUAGCACAGAGACAGCGUUAGUUAAAGUAGUAAAUGACCUUCUACUGACUUAAGAUCAGGGUUGUGUCUCGCUGCUUGUGUUACUCGACCUUAGUGCAGCUUUUGAUACUAUAGAUCACACUAUUCUACUUGAUAGAUUAGAAAAUGUUGUUGGUAUUAAGGGAAUAGUCCUCUCCUGGCUCAGGUCUUAUCUGACCGAUCGUUAUCAGUUCGUAGAUGUAAAUGGUGAUUUCUCCAUGCGUACUGAGGUUACUUUUGGAGUUCCACAGGGUUCUGUUUUAGGCCCACUGCUCUUUACUUUAUAUAUGCUACCCCUAGGUCAAAUUAUUCGUAAACAUGGAAUUAGCUUCCACUGUUAUGCUGAUGAUACACAGUUGUAUGUUUCAGCGAAGCCAGAGGACAGACAGAAGCUUAGUAAAGUUGAGGAUUGUGUAAAGGACGUUAGACAUUGGAUGUUAAUUAACUUCCUUCUACUUAAUUCUGAUAAAACAGAAAUACUUUUAUUAGGCCCACGUGUAGCUAGAAGUAAUCUUUCUGAUCACAUGGUUACUCUGGAUGGUCUUUCUGUUUCAUCAUGUACAGCAGUUAAAGACCUUGGAGUGAUUAUUGACUCCAACCUUAAUGCCAUACUGUCUGGAUGUUCCAGUAGGAAUAUAAAUAAGCUCCAGUUAGUCCAGAAUGCAGCUGCUAGAGUCCUAACUAGAACUAGAAGAUACGACCAUAUCACACCGUUAUUAUCAAUACUGCAUUGGCUCCCAGUAAAAUCUCGCAUUAAUUAUAAAAUACUUUUAUUAACCUAUAAAGCACUAAACGGUCUCGCGCCACAAUAUCUAAGCGACCUUUUGGUUUUAUAUGAUCCGCCAUGCCUACUUAGGUCAAAAGAUGCAGGCUAUUUGACGGUACCUCGAAUAGUGAAGGCUACAGAAGGGGGAAGAGCUUUCUCUUAUAGAGCCCCACAGUUAUGGAACAGUCUUCCUAUUAGUGUUCGGGACUCAGACACAGUCUCAGUGUUUAAGUCUAAGCUUAAAACGUAUUUGUUUACUCAAGCCUACCCUGACUAGAUUCUGUUCUACUACUUCGCAGUCAUAAUUAUCUUUUUUCUCCCUCUCUCCUUUCGCCGAGCCCCACACGAAUUUAUGGAGAUACUAGAGAUCCAGAUCCUUUCUGCCUCUGGAUGGAGCUCAAAUCUUCUUUAAUUCCAGACUGCUGGGACUACGGCUGCUCCUAACGCCAUACAGACUUCAUAUAAAUCCAUAAUGAACUUUUUCACACUAACUGUUGUUACCCAGAUGAGGAUGGGUUCCCUUCUGAGUCGGGUUCCUCUCAAGGUUUCUUCCUCUUAAAACAUCUUAGGGAGUUUUUCCUUGCCACCGUCGCCACUCAGUGGCUUGCUCAGUUGGGAUAAAUUCGCACCUUUAAUAUCUGUAUACCAUGUUGAUAUUUCUGUAAAACUGCUUUGAGACAAUGUCUAUUGUAAAAAGCGCUAUACAAAUAAAAUUGAAUUGAAUUGAAUUGAAUUGAAUUGAAUUAUUGAGGAGUACACCUGUCCCUGGUCCAGCCCCAUUGUGGUGGUCCCAAAACCUGAUAGCAGCUCCCGCCUUUGCAGUGACUUCCAGAGGCUCAACCAGGUCUCCGAGUUUGAUAGUUACCCAUUCCCAGAGUCAACAACCUGACAGAGCGUCUGGGGAGAGCCCGAUUCAUCUCCACCCUAGACCUAAUGAAGGGCUACUGGCAUGUCACCCUGGUGUCAGAAGCAAAGGCCAAAACCACCUUCAGCAGCACCAGCGGCCACUGGCAGUACUGGGCUUUCCGCUUUGACCACCAUGGAGCGCCAAUGACCUUCCAGUACAUAAUGGACAUCGUACUGUGACGGCGGGACAGCAACCUCCACCUGCACACUCAGUACAGCCUCACCACCACUCCUGCACCUGACUUUAAAUAAAUAAAAAAAUGCACCUUUUUUUCACUACCUCUGCCUCCUGAGUGUCUGUGUUCUGCCUGUCCCUGCCCUGAGCGGCCAUAACAUGUAAAAAUGACAGCUAUAAUGGAAACAAUAGGUGGGUGUAAUUUAAAACAAAAAAAAAAAAAAAAAAAAAAAAAAAAACACACACACAAAAAACCAAGUAAAAGCAGGCGGAACAGUGCUUCCUGGAAACACGGUCUGCUGGGUUUUUUUUCGCUGUAGGUUCCUAGGUUCACACUUAGGAAAUCAGAAUGAAUAAGAUGAGAAGAUGAGUAACAUAACAGAGCAUAUUAUUUUUGAGUUUACCGAUGAAAAUAUCACAGUGAAUGUAACCCAUGACCAGUUCACCUGUGACACUGAAGAAAAAACCCUGCUCCUGUACCAUACUGUGUUCCAGCCACUAGUCUACAGCAUGGUGUUUAUGUUGGGCCUCUCAGGAAAUGGCCUCCUUCUGAUGGUCCUGCUGCAGCGUCGUGCUCACCUUCGCAUGACUGACAUCUACCUACUGCAUCUGGCCCUGGCUGAUCUGCUCCUGCUCUUUACCUUACCUUUUGCAGUGACCCAGGUGCUAACUGGUUGGGUCUUUGGGAACUUCCUGUGCAAGCUUGUAGGCCUGUUAAACCGCCUAAAUCUGGUGUGUGGGAGUCUUCUCCUUGCAGGCAUUGGUUUUGAUCGCUACCUCGCCAUUGUUCAUGUUGUCUCCAGCCUCCAGACCCGUCGGCCCCAAACAGUUCACCUCAUCUGUGCUCUGCUCUGGCUAUUUUGUCUUGCUCUCUCUAUGCCCAACAUAAUAUUUCUUUCUGUGGAACCCAGAAGGAAUGACCAUACAUGGCUACAGUGUCACUUCAACAACUAUGGCAUCCAUGCUUACAACUGGUUACUCGUUAGUCGGUUGCUGACACACUUCUUGUGCUUCCUCCUGCCCUUAGUCAUCAUGGGUUACUGCUACACCGCUGUGGUUUUCACACUGUACCACAGUCAACAGAGCCUGGAGAAGCAGGGGGCUAUUCGUCUGGCUAUGGUGGUAACCCUGAUUUUCUGCUUGUGCUGGCUACCCUAUAAUAUAACACUUUUUGUGGACACCCUUGUGAGGCUAGAGAUCCUAUCUCAGAAAACCUGCCAGACUCGCAAUGCACUGGCUCUGGGUUUGAUGGUGACUGAGAGCAUUGGUUUUAUUCACUGCUGCCUUAAUCCAAUCCUUUAUGCCUUUGUAGGUGUGCGUUUCCGGAAUGAUCUUCUGAGAUUGCUGCCAAAAUAUUUACGUGUCUGUGGGCCCAUGCUAUGUGCCAGAUGCUUCAGAAAGGUAUCUGUCUCAGCCAUGGCUACCACCACCUCCACUAGCCAAUAUAUAUGAGUACAGAAACAGGGAAGAAACUCGCUGAAAGUAUGCAAUCAUUCAAUAAUGAGAAUUUUUUUUCUAAAUAAAAGCAGAGCUUAUUUUACUUUUGACCCUCUGAGCCAUUUGUCUGAUUAUCUUUGGCUUACACAUUUAACUAUGCAGUGAUGAAAAACAAUACAGAGCAUGCAUGAGUGUGCAGGAUAUCUAAACGAGAUUCAACUUUUAUCAUUGUAAAUAUUUUAUGUGUACAUUUUAAUAUUUCUCAUAGCUGGUGAGUGCUCUUCAAUGUAAUACCUGAUGCAAGAUAGUAAAAAACAUAAGAGAUUUAAAUAAUAAAACAAUGUUUGCCUGA